UGCGCACAGAGCUUCACAUGGGGCGCAUCAUGAGGAGUUGCGAGUUGCUGUCGGGAGAUCCAUUGUGAACUACUGCACGCCCACGCGACACUCCUCGUGCUCAUCUGCGACACUCACCACCAUACAUACGGGCAGGUUCCCACAGCACAAUCCCGUCCUGGGCCGUCUCUCCAUCGCGCAGUUCCAGCACAACACGAGCCGUCAUCAUGGUCAACAAGAUUCUGUUCUGGUCCGGCUUCGGCCUCGCAGUGAGGUUCUGGCAGCUCGGAAUCGAGAUGCGUCCAUUUUUCCAGCGCGAGAACUGGCUUAUCUACCCAAUCUACGGAGGACUCGGCGCAUCAUUCGGCUACUGGCUACAAGGCGUUGACGACAGGCAAAUGCGAUACUUAGGCGACGCGAGACAGAGACUGAUUGAGAAGAGAAAGCGACGAGCCGAGAGGGAAGGACAGAACUUGGGCUCUGAUUUCCAGAAGCACCAGGCCGGCGCACAUGCUUCAGUGGAGGAACGGGGGGCAGCGGCAUGAGGGAGAGCUGUGUGGUUAUGGCACGGUUGUUGAGCGAGUAGAGGCUAUGUGAAAAUAGGUCGUGAUUGUGGUGAUGGCACGCGGCGCGGAACAGACUUCGUCGAGUGUGCGGCGGGAAGACCACCACGCACAGCUGUAUGAAUCAACGAAAAUACCUUCAUGGAAAGCGGCAGUCUGUCUACGGUAUUAUCGCCGAUUGAAGUGCCUGCCUUCUUCCCCUUUGUACAUAGUAGUGCUGCGGCAAGUUCAGAAGCAGCAAUGGCUUCAUCGAAAACGGCAGCUCCGCUCCAUCUCGAGUCACGACCCAUAACUUCCACGACACUUCAAAAAUG